UAUCGUGUAGUGGACACAUGAUGGAGUCUGAAAGCAGCGGACAAAUAGAAAAUAAUCACACUGAAAUGGAAACAGAGAGUAGCUCGCGCCCUGAGAACGGUCAAACCGGUGAUACUAAACAAGACUUCUCCAGCACUAAUGAAACCACAGAUGCUUCUUUUAAGAAACCGGAUAUUUUUGUAGCUCCAUCUCUCCCUGCGAAGAAAUCAGGAGGGUUAAACUCAAGCAAGAAACUAACAGAGGAAAUAAGCAGCAGCAUAUCAGAGAAUAAAGGCACGGAUAGUAAACACCAGCAACUAUCUGCAAACCCCACAGACAGUCAAACAGACCCGUGCGAUCAUCCAUCCGAGAAAUCAGAGGUACAGAAGGUCCAGCCGAAACCGAAAGACAUCCUACCUAAGAUUCCUGCCAAACUACCCCCGGCGGGUAAUUUCCCCCCGCUCCCGUACACCGAGCCCCCGUGGGGAUCUGUUCCUGACAUCCGCUACUCGUUUGAGCUGCUGAAAAACGGUUCAAUCUUAGACACGGUCCCGCUGACCCAGAGAAGUUACUUCGUGGUGGGUCGAUUGCCGGUGUGUGAUGUGUCUCUGGAGCACCCGUCCAUCUCCCGCUAUCACGCUGUGGUGCAGUACCGGGGCAGAGCUGGGCAGGACGGGGUCGUAGGAGAGGAGAAGGGCUUCUAUGCCUAUGAUCUGGGCAGCACUCAUGGGACUUUUGUGAAUAAGAACAAAAUACCACCUAAAACUUACAUAAGGCUACGAGUGGGACACGUUCUGAAGUUUGGAGGAAGCACGAGACUCUUUAUUUUGCAGGGUCCAGAGUUUGACGAAGAAGCGGAAUCUGAACUGACGGUGACAGAGCUCAGAGAGCGUGCUAGAAAACAGAGAGAAGAGCUGGAGAAGAGGAUGAUGGGUGAUGGCUCAGAUGAGGAGGAAGAGAAAGAGGACAGCGAAGCCAGUGCUUCAAGGGGAAGCUCCUCAGAACAUACUGGAUGCUCUUGGGGAAUGGCUGAAGAGGCAGUGCCAGAAGAGGAUGAGAAUGAGGAGAAUCCGUUCGCCACAGAAUUUCAGGAGGAUCAGGAAGCAGCUUACUUAAAAGAUCCUAAAAAGGCAUUACAGGGCUUUUAUGACAGAGAAGGAGAAGAACUAGAGUUUGAGUAUGAAGAAAAAGGCCAUGGUACCUGGCUCUGCAGAAUUAAGUUGCCGGUGGAUGAUUCUGUAGGCAGGCAGCUGGUGGCUGAAGUGACCCACACAGGGAAAAAGAAAGAAGCAGCCGUCCAGUGCUGCUUAGAGGCCUGCCGCAUCCUGGAGGCCCGUGGUCUUCUGAGACAGGAGGCAGUGUCCCGCAAACGCAAGAAGAAGAACUGGGAAGAUGAAGAUUUUUAUGACAGUGAUGAUGACACGUUCCUUGACCGGACAGGUGCAGUGGAGAAGAAGCGGACUGAACGCAUGAAGAAGGCUGGAAAGAUUCAGGAGCGUCCUGAUACAUAUGAAUCACUGCUAGCCAAACUGGCUAAGGUGGAAAAAGAGCUGGCUGACACUGAGAAAAGGCUCAGUUCUUCUGGGAAAGGAGUCUCCAGUUCUUCCACAGAGGACCCUCUGGAUGCUUUCAUGAGCGCCGUACGGAGCGAGGCCGCGCUGGAUGGGGUGGAGAGAAAGAAGCUACAUUUACAUGUAGCCGAGUUGAAGAAGGAAGGUCAGAGACUACGCAAGCUAGCAGACCUGGCCAAACCCACCCAGCUGCCCUCAUUACAGGCCAGCAGUAGUCAGGACACCGAGAAACCUAAGAAGUUAUCUCUGCCUUUGUUUGGAGCCAUGAAAGGAGGGAGUAAGUUCAAACUGAAGACUGGAACUAUAGGAACGUUACCCCAAAAGCGAACCAAUCUGCCUCCCGAGCUCUUCAACAUGAAAGAAAUGCCCCCUGGUGGUGAGGAAGAGAAUGAAGAAGAAGAAGAGGAGGAAAAAAACAAGAAAACAGAGGACAUGCUCACAGAUGGUGAUAUGGAAGUUGUUCAGUCUGUAGAGCCGACCAGCUCAGAACACUCCGGUGCAGACAGAGCUGAAACUCAGACACACCGCCCUAAUGUAGUCCUCGAGGACCAGCCUGCCAAGAUAGCUGCAUCUCAUGAAAAACAGAAAUACAAGUCUGCCCAUCUUCAAGACAAAAGUGCCUCUCCUCCAAAAGAAGAAUUUGAGAGCAGUGUCUCAAAUGUCCAGAGUCCAAAGACAAAUACGAAGAAGAAAGUUAUCGGCCCAAGCAGGCCUCCUGUGACCAUGUCUAAGCAAUACCCAGAAGAUGACCCCGACUACUGCGUUUGGGUUCCUCCGUCAGGUCAGACCGGUGAUGGUCGAACACAUCUGAAUGAUAAGUACGGAUACUGAAUAGAGAAAGAAAAGACCAUCCUCACUGGAUCAGGAAUGGAAUCAGUCCAACCGUUCAUCUUAGCCCUUCGGAGUGGCCAGAUAUAUCAUUUUUUCCCAUCUUUGUGCCAAAAGAGUGAACUUUUCGACAGAUGUAAGCUUAUGAUAAGAUGUUUCUAGCACUGUUCUGAAAACUGUUUGGUCCCGUGACUGAUUUUCAUUUCCCUAUGCCCUGUUUUCUUUAAAAUACAUCCAUUUCCACCUUUUUACACCUGGUCUGAAACCAAGGAUAGUUUUGGAGUGGAGGUAGCUGAAGGUUGGGGAAAAGAUCAUUCUGUUUUCGGGGUUGGUUUCCUGGGCAAACAAUGUUUUGGAGUUUCUGGUUAUU